AUGGGCUGUGCACUUCUCGGUCAGGUGAAUCCGAUCGACGACAUUUGCUCGGCGUGUCCGAAGCUGACCAAUUGCUGGCGUCACAUGGGCAACACGCUCGAUUGA